UAAAAAAAAAUGUGUAUGUUUAUUAUACACAUCCCUGAUGACUGCGUUACAUCUGAUGACUCAAAGACCGCGUUAAAUUCGCUGUCACAGUUGACGAAGACGCUGUCGAGAAGCUUGGGGUCUCAUGGCAGAAUGGAGGAGUUCCUUGGCACUACGCCUUUUUACUCUGGGCCCAUGUAUUUCUUUGAUCAGUUCAAACCGAAAAUAAGAAAAUGGAAAAAGGAAACACAGGAAGAUCAAUUCUUGUACCCAAAGGAGAAGGAUGAUGUUGAAGAUCUAGUCCAGAACCUUGAACAUCUCAGUCACCAAAUUGAAGAAUCAACAGAACCAAAGGAAGCCCAAGAGAACAUAGUAGCUUUACCCGAGAAAGAAGACAAGUCCCACACGCUCAUCAUCUCAGAACCUCCAAGUAUUCCCAAGUUUCCUUUGAAUUCGAAAUUCUCCAAAACGUCCUUGUAUAAGACCCUCUUUGAAGAGUACAAACUCAUCGCCUCUGAAGUACUCUACGAACUCGAAAAGACAUUGAAGAGGUACGCGAAGAACGGCAUGGCUUUUCCUGGGGGACUCAUCAAUCUCAUGACUUACAGCUGGCUAGAUCUGAUCGAGGAUUUUCACGAGAACGAAUCCCCAAAGAAAACGUUGGAACGAGACAGGGACUUGGGAGGGGGUCCCAGCUCCAUGUCCAUCAUCAGCUUCAAGGAAUGCAAAGUCCACCCAGACGCCAAGGAGCACCCUCAAGAGGAACAUCAACUGGUUAAAGCGAGAAAAAUUUCUCAUGGGGCGCACAACAAACUCUUGGAAAAACCAUCUCUACUUGGUCACCCCCAGGUAUCCCAGACCACCCAGGAGAGCUGUAUAUCCGGGGUCAUUCACUUCUCACUAAAAUCCAAGUUCUGCUUUCAAAAUGGUUGGAUUCCUUGCUCAAAAUGGGAAAUGCUGAAAUUCAAGGCAGACCUCAGUACAGCCGUGAAGAGACUGCAGGUCGCCACAGUUCAAAUAAAAAUGGAAGAAGCCAAACAAAAGAGAGGCGGGUUCAACAAACAGCCCGUCCUGCGCCACUACAACGACCCGGAAGAAGAGGAGGAGACCGCAGAGUCCACCCAGGAGCCCCGGGUUUUCUGGAUGGCAUUGUUGGUGGGGAAGGCCCAGAUGCCAGCGAUGGGAGAGGCGAAGCCAGAGAUGAAGAAGUUCCAUUAUGCCCUGGUAGAUGGCUCGUCUCUGACCUACUAUCCUUCUGGCCGCCUAGCUAUCUGCCAAAGCUACUCUGACCUUCCUUGGGGUGGCCUGUACACCAACAUAUUCAGUGACUGGCCGGAUCCUGUUGUCCUGGGAACCUUUACGCCCUUUGGAUGUGGUAGCAUUUCUCUUCCUCAUAGGAAAGUCAUAGCCAUGAUGUUUAAUCAGGAUGGAGGCAUGCUGAUCAGCAAGAAAGGAAACAUCAUACGAGAGUGGAUGUGGCCUUCCAAGGGAAAGAUUGAAGAUCCAAUUGAAAUCGGGGUAAAUCAAUAUAUCACUGUGACUAUUUCGGGGCGCUUCGCCAUCACCUUGAUGUACAAACGGCAUCCGCAAAGCCUGAAGCUGUCACUGGCGCCUGUGAAACACAAGCCUUCAUGUUUACCUAAUAAGAUGUUCCCUGAUAUCCACCCCUCUACCCGAGACGCUAAGGAAAUGUUGGCGACCUACAAAAUGAAGUGCAGGCUGCUGAAGUUCAUGGCCCAGAACAAAGACGCUUCAAAUUUGGCCGACCCGGUGGACACGGACCCUGAUGAUCCAGGACCGGACAUAAGCCUUCUGCAUGACCUUGUGGCAUCCAUCAAACUAAGCAAAAUGCAGAAGAAGGUCAAGCACAUCCUCCUUCACUGGCUGAAUUACUACAGAUCCACAUUGGGGCUGGAGUCACUGCACGUUUGCAAGCUGCCCAUGUUUGCCAAAAAGGCGGUCAGAAAGCCGAAGGUUGCAUUUGCAAUACCUGCCCUGAGUCGGAACGCAAAGGAAGCCGAUUGGUACAAGGAGUAUCUUCGGUACCGAAAUACCUUCCUGGCGCUGAAGGAGUUCUUCAAGCCUUUGCCUUACCAUUACAUCCACAGGACCUCAGCCACCAACCAGUGCUCCCGGCUUCCUCUUCUCACUGGGAGGAAGGACUUGUGGUUUUCCUCCCAGCUGGCUUGUCCUGUGGUCCUGAGGAAGACAAUGUGUGGGGAGAAAGGGGUCGUGUGCAGAUGUAGCUGUCACAUCAUCCCCGAGGUGACAGACCUGGAGUAUGACAACCUCAUCAGCAACCAGCUGUCACACGUGGACCAGAUCAUCGUCGUCUGUGUGUUCUCAGCCAAGAAAGAGGAUAAGACUAUAGGGGAGGUGACCGGCGUCUACAGGGAAGUGAACAAAUCCAGACACAUGCCUUGCGUUCAGAGUCAUUUGGAUUCCUUCCGGUUGCUCAAAUACGAUGUGACGUCUGCGUCUAAGUUUACGGAACCUGGCCGCCCGCUCCUAGUCCGAAGACACAAUCUCACCCCGGGAAUUUUUUUGAUGUACAUUCGAGGAAAGUUACUCUUUGCCAACUUUAUCUUCAAUGGGUACAGCACGUCAGCUAAUGACCUUCAAAAGCAAAUUGUGAAGACGAGAAAGGAUUAUCACAAGGGCUAUUUCCUCCCCAGCGACUUCAGGAUACGGCUUAAUGUACUUCGUUUUGGAAAUGAAGAUGCAUUUCUCUUAAAAAAAAAAAAAAAGCCAAAGAAAUUUAUUAACAGCAUGUGGUAUCCAAUUCAAACAGAAAAUAUAAGUGACAAAGCUAACUCCGAUGGCCUGGUUUUAAUUACUGCAGAAGAAUUACAAUACAGAACCAACUUUAGAGAAGGCAAAAUGUUGAAAAAAAAAAAAAAGGUUAUUUCUGUAUAGUAACAAUUCUUAUUUGAGAGCAGGCAUUUAACCCAGUAAUUCUACAUGAGCAAAGACUGCAAUCUAAUAGGUCCUAGGAAAUGCUACAGAAAGUCAGUGAGCUCAGGCGGGAGGUCUUCUCAGUCUGCAUCCAUCUGCAGAUUGGAAGACACAUGUGGAUGUGGAGAAGGGCGGCAAAUUCCAGCUCGCUUAAGCAGACAUAUAAAUGUAGGAAUGGGAAUAACUAUCAAAUAACUAAAGCCCGGCCGAACGGAGCUCAAAAGAGGGCCAGUUCUCAGCCUUUAGUGGACCAGGGCCAAUGUUAAUAAUGCUCGUUCUGAGCUGGGUGUGGUAGUGCAUGUCUUUAAUCCUAGCACUUGGUAGGCAGAGACUGGCAGCUCUCAAGGCCAGCCUUGUCCAUGUAGUAAGUUCCGGGA